GGUGGAGGAGGAGCGCUCCGCGCGCGUCGGCGACCUGGCGACGCACGCUUCCGCGACAGAGGUGCGCUUAGCGGCCGUGCAGGAGCUGGUGAGCGCAAGCCUCAAGGAGGGCAGGCUCCACCAGGACGAUGCGCUGGCGACCCUGACGCAGCGGGUGGAGACAGACCUAGUGCGGUCGCGACAGGAGGCGCUGGGCCGCGCCCAGCGGCUCGAGGCCUCGGCCGCCGCCGCGGCCGCGGCCGUGGAGGCACGGUGCGCGGACCUGGACGGCAGGCUGGAGCGCCAGACGGCGGCCCUCGGCGCGAGCGUGGCGGUGGCGCUGGCCGGAACCAACGCCACGCUCAAGCAGUCGCUCGCGGAGCUGGACGGCCGGCUCGCGAGGGCGUCCGCCCGCGCCGAGCGCGCGGCGGCGGACCUCGGCGGCAGGCUCGGCGACGGCCUGCGGGAGGCGCAGGAGGCGCUGGCGGCCGCCGACGGCCGCCUCGCCGCCGGGCAGGGCGCGUUGCGCGCGGACCUGGCGGCGCAGGGCGCCGAGCUCGCCCACCAGGUGCAGGACCGGGCGGACGCCGCGGAGGCGAGGGCGGCGGGCCUGGACGGACGUCUGCAGGAGGUGGAGGGCAAGGCUAAGCUCCUGGAGCUGGCGGUCACCGGCGCCCGGGCCUCGCAGGAGGAGCGCGCGGCGAAGCUGGAGGGCACGGUCGGGGAGCUGCAGGCCCACCUGGCCCGCCACGACCUGCCCCGUCGGUGCGAGGCCCUCGAGGAGGAGCUCGCCGCAGCGCGCGCGGCGCUGCAGGGCGCGGUCGAGUCCGAGCGCGCGCGGGCGGAGCAAGUGGAGGAGGGCCUGCAGGCCCAGCUGGAGCGCCAGGCGCAGAUGCUGAGCGAGGAGGAGGCUCGAGCCAGCGAGGCGCUGGAGCAGAUGGCCCAGCGCGUCGGCUCCGAGGCGGAUGAGCGGAUGCAGCGGCUGCAGGAGAGCAGCCAGGCCGGGGCGGACGACGUCGCUCGGGCGUUGGCCGCGCUGCGGGAGCAAGCCGACGCGGCCGAGCGGGGCGUGGCCCAGGCC